CACUGACCAAGACAUGCUAAUGGAAUGCGAUUGUUUAUUGUAAUCGUCAUGUUUAAAGCGCAUAAACUCGAAUUUGUCAUGAGGCAAAUAGUAACCAAUUGUUUGUUUCAAAAUGCGUAAUGAGAACAUUAUUUUGAACGCGCGUGGCAAUCAGUCUAUUGACAAGGAUAUGGAAGCGGAACCAAACAAAAGUCGAAACAAUGCAACAGCUUAGAACACAGCGAGACUAGCUGUAAGUAAUAUGACAGCUGUGAAGGUUGACGCAGAUGGUUUCCAUGAGUAUGCUAGUGAAGUGAGUGUAUUGGCAGGAGGUGAAGAAGAGUUUGAAUUACUAGUGUCGGAUUUGACUGCUGAGGAUUCGGCAGGUGGUGCAGAUGAUGCAGAUGUUGCAGACGGCCCAGCUGGACCCGCAGGUGGAGAACCAGCUGGUUCAUCAUCUUCAUCACACUCAAACUCGCCCAUGACUUCUUCGCAGUCCAUAUCGGUAAAGUCGGUCUCUUCCCAGCAGUCGAACAGACUCAAAUCAAUCUUUUCCAUUUCGGUCACUUCACAAUCCCAGUGGUCGGCUGGAAACUCGACAACUUCUUCGCAGUCCCAUUGUGAAGGAUCAGUCAUUCCGUGUUUUUCAGAAGACAUCAUAGCUGGCUUGAGCAGCUGUAAGGCUUCGGAGGGAAUAGCCAUUGGCAUUUCCAUAACAGCAGUGACUGCAGGCAUCAAGUCACCAUAGUAUGGUUUUUCAGAAGACUCGUAUGGUGCAUCUGACUCGGUUCCAGUAGGAUUAGGAACCAGUUCGCUCUGUGGUAGACUAGUAUCGUCGUAACUGUCGUCUCCAGAGCGACGAGCAAGGAACUGUGUUGACGGUGUACCAGAAACACCAGACGAUGCGAUGAUAAGCGAUAAUACAAGCGUUGAUAUAACACUAUGUUGAUACAUUUAGAAUAGUAGGAGAUAUACUAGAGUAGUUUAAAGGAAGCGUAUGUAGAAUAGCUAAUACAGACUUGGUGAAUACUAAAAUAAUACAAGCAAUAAAUUCAAGACUAGGUACAAGACGGAACUAUGUG